UCACAGCGUAGGGGUGAUCUGUCAGUCGUUCAAACAACUCCGAUCCAACGAUUCCGAAUUAUUUCGAAUAUUAUACCGAUUUGGAGAUGGAGAGAGAGGAUGUUUCCCCGAACAGUACCGUCAAAAAGGUAGAAUUACAGCAUGUAUUGGGAAUAACAGCCAGCAACAAUUCAGCCAUAGACAGCGAUCCUCAAACAGGAACAGUAGCUUAUCCUGCUGGAUGCGUAGUUGUUUUGUACAAUACACGAAAAAAUAAACAACGCCACCUCGUAUCAGAUGCUAAAAAAAACAUCACAACAUUAUCAUUUUCCUGGGAUGGAAAAUACUUGGCGACUGGAGAGUGUGGUGCUGUGUCCCAUGUCAGAAUAUGGGAUGUUCAAAAAUUUACGCAGAUUGCUGAUUUAUCAGGCCACAAACAUGGGAUCAAUUGUGUGGCAUUUUCCCCUAACAUGAAAUAUGUAGUUUCAAUAGGUUCACAACAUGACAUGGUAGUGAAUGUGUGGGACUGGAGGAAUAAACAAAAAGUAGCUUCCAAUAAAGUGUCUUGUAAAGUGAAAGCGCUUUCUUUUGCUGCUGGUGGAAAUUAUUUUGUAACCGUUGGCAACAACCAUGUCAAAUUUUGGUACCUGGAAUACUCUCGCUCGACAAAAUAUAAACUAGAACCUGUACCUCUAAUGGGUCGAUCAGCCAUAUUAGGAGACCAAAGGAAUAAUUAUUUCUGCGAUGUAGCAUGUGGGAGAGGUGAAUCUGCUGACAGUACUUUUGCGGUCACUAAAUCUGGUCUUUUAUGCGAGUUCAAUAGUCGCCGCCUUCUUGACAAGUGGGUGGAGUUACGAGCUUCAGUGGCAUACAGUAUUACAGUAGGAGAGAAUUUCAUUUUCAUUGGCUGUUCUGACGGUAUUGUGAGGUGCUUUAGUCCAGUUGAUCUUCAUUUCAUUUGUACAUUGCCAAGAAUUCACUACUUAGGCGUGGAUGUUGCUAAAGGUCUCACUGGAAGACAAGUAUCGAGUCACCCAGCUGGUUCCAAGUACCCAGAUGUCAUUGCUGUCACAUUUGACGAAAUGAACAAAAAGGUAACAUGUGUGCAUAAUGACCACAGUUUAUAUGUUUGGGAUGUUAAAGAUAUCAAGAAAAUCGGAAAAUCACAUUCCUUUCUCUACCAUAGUGCCUGUAUUUGGGGAGUUGAAACUUAUCCAGACCUUCCGGACGAUACAAACCUUCCAGGCGGGACUUUUUUCACGUGUGCCAGUGACGACACGAUUAGAAUUUGGAAUCUGGACCACAAAAUGUUCCAAAAUAGUGCCUUAAAGCGAAAUAUCUAUUGUUAUGAAUUGUUGAAAAUUUUGUACACCGAUCCUAACUAUGUGUUCUUAUGUGAUAUUGAUCUCCUUCCAGCUAACGCCAAUGAAAAACUCGCCAAUUCUUACGACGGUAAAAAUGGAGUUAGAUGUUUAAAAAUUCGACCUGAUGGCCAACACUUAGCUUCAGGUGAUAGAUCUGGUAACAUACGGGUAUACGACUUAAAGUAUUUAGAGCUUCUUUGUAAAAUAGAAGCCCAUGAUGCUGAAGUCCUUUGCUUGGAAUACUCAAAUUCGAAAACAGACCCAGGACAACUCUUGUCUUCCGCAAGUCGUGAUAGGUUAGUUCACAUCUUUGAUGCCCAAAAAAAUUAUUCUUUUGCACAAACAUUGGAUGACCACACAUCAUCAGUGACAGCUGCCAAAUUCGUCCGCUGCGGCAAGGAACUAUUUUUUGUCUCUUGCGGAGCUGAUAAAUCAGUGAUUAUUCGGAAAAUGUUAUGGGUGGCUAUUGAUUCCACGGGAACGUAUGUUGCCACCAGCUCAACGGAUAAAACUAUAUAUGUGUAUGACUAUUUGACUGGUCAGUGUGUUGCAUCAAUGGCGGGACAUUCGGAACUAGUUACGGGCUUGAAAUUUAUGCCAUCCGGGAAGCACCUUAUUUCUGUUUCAGGAGACGGGUGUAUCUUUGUAUGGAAACUUACUUUACAAUCUUCUAAGUUGCUGAACAAAGCUGGAGAAACCAUUAAUCUUCCCAUAUCAUCGGGUAUUUGGCAAGACUCAAAAAAAAAUUCUGUUGCUGUUACCAAGCCUUUACAGAGUAAUAACAUUCCUAACGACAACAAGGGACCUACACUAGAUUUUGGGGAUGGUCCUUUGCCAUCAUGGGCAAAAAAACAGAUAUCGGAUGAUUGGAAGAACUCUGGUCAAACAUCACCAACUCCUCCACAGCCAAGAGGUAGAUGGGCACAGAGGCUGGAAGGUCAAGCUUUAAUUGUAAAAUCAUAUUCUUACACGGAUUCUGUCAUACCUAUACCGCCAUCUAUAGCUGAAAAAAAUGCAGAGGCCACUUUUACAUAUUCAGAAACUGAAGCAUUUAGUUUAAAGAAUGAUAUCACUCAAACCAAGCAGAUCUCUAUUAGUCGGACGAGCGUAAUCAAGAGUGCAUCUGAAGGCAGAGUCCGGCAUCCUACUGAUUCGAGCACUGCCAGUAGUAAUAAGAUGGAAGAUGGAGAUGCAGAAGAUGAGAGAUCAGACAGCGGAACGGCAGACACAAGUGAGAUUGUUUACUAUCCAGAAGGAAACAACUCUGACUUCAAAGACAGCUCCUUCCAAAUCAAUGCUACUCGUGAAGAAAAGCGCUUUUCUAAAUCCAAAUCAAAUCUUUCAAGAUCUUCCUCUUCAUAUUGCAUGGCAGAUAAAGUGGAUACGGGAAGCGAUGAUGAUUCAGGAACUCCUGGAGAUGCGGAACCUUCAUUUCCCAAUACUUUCAAUAUGAGUACGGAAAACCUUGAUAAACUCGGAUUGAGAGAAAGAUUCAUGCUUGACAAUUAUGAGAACAUGGACAAAUCUCAGAGCGAAGACGCUGGUAGUCAUCGUAGCCGAUACAGUUUAUCCUCAAAGUAUCACACCACAUCAGGACCAGUCAACAGAGAUGUGAAGUCUAAUACUCUAGGAAGAAGAACAAAUGUGAUGUCUUCUAAAAAGAGAGAAGAACUUACAAGAGCUUUAAAUGAUGCCAGAAAAAAACUUGAAACUCUUGGUUUCAAAGGCGGUUUGAGUUCGAGCAAAAGUGUUGGCGACUUAAGCAAUGCUGGAGAUCCAGUUGACAUCUUUGAAAAGCCAAGAAUUCAAGCACAGAGUAACUUAGUAGACAUGAGAAGAAGUACGUCAUUUGGUGAUAUUAGAUCUGGUGGCCUACCUAGGCGGCGCCUACCAUACACUCCACAGCCCGGAGGCCAAAGUGCUCCAUUAUGGGAGCAAGCCAAAACAAUUCGAUUCGAAGAUGAAUCACCCCCUACCGAUUCAACGCCAAAACCUAAAACUUCACUAUCCACUUCAAAUCUUAAAUUAAGUGCCAGUUCAACGAACAUAAACUCGCCAAAUUUAACUUCCCCUCCACAAAGAACUCAACCCGCUGGAAUCCUCUCCACGCGGGACAUACCACCAGAGUCCAGCCAAAUGUUGCCAUUAAAUAAAUCAAUGUCUAGUUUAAAUCUGAGUAUGAUGUCUUCGGGCCGGGAAAAAACAACCGGCACCAGAAGGUUGUCAUUAGUUGGAAUGAACAGACGUUCGAACUAUUCAGAUUCAUCAUCAUCCGAAGCUUCGCCAACAGACACUAAAUCAAACACUUUGGUGCCACGUGGUAUUGUAGCUAGGCGAAUGAAAGCCUUCUGUGCUGAACAGACUGGACGAUCGCAAAUUGUUGACAGUGCCAGGAAACAAAAAUCCAAAGGGGAAAGAGAGCCAUCUAAAUCAAAAAGUGAAUGGGAUCUGCGAAAACUUAACGAUGAGCCACUGUCACCAAAAUAUAGUGAUCAUAAUCAAGACAUUAUAUCAUCGCCAACCAUAAAGAAAACUCCAUUGAAAUUUGGAAAAGAACAAAAUAAGCCUGACUAUGAUCAACUAGAAGUUAGCCCAAACGACCUGCCUGUAAAAGAUGGAAACCCAUCUGUUGCCAGCAACUAUUUAGAUCUCAACUCAACACCACUGACAAAAGAACUUUGUGAAAAAGUAUCAGAUGAUUUGAAAAAAGUAACAUCGUUCGCUGUACAGCUAUUUCAGAGGGUAAGUAAAUAUUAUAAAUCAGUAAUUUUAACACUUUUGCUGCUGAUUCUAGUGAGAGGACGAGUUUCUACUUUAGUGACACUGUCACUCGCAAGUGUGAUUUAUUAUAAUAUGUCGAAUGAAAUGUUUAAUCAUGUACUGCCCAAAAUUACUCAAAAUGACU